AUGAAUUCUGUCACUCCUCGAACAAAUGAUCAACCUGAAGAACAAGCUGGAGAUGUUUCCACUCCAAAUAAAAGAGGUAGAACGCAAAUGCAUGAUGUUCAUGCCCGAAAAGAACGUAAGUUGAUCAUACUGAAUAGUCAAAGUCAACCCGUUGAUCCUACGGAUGAUGUUGUCAUAGAGUUAAGUAGCUUCCUAGGAACAUUGGCUAGAAAUGCGACUCUUUGCCCAUUUGAUAUAUUGGAUUGGAGGAGCAUGUACACUAAAAAGGAUUUAUGGGAUUAUACCAAGGGGAAAUAUAUUAUUCCUGAAGUUGUGUACCAUUGGACUAUGGUAACAAUUCGAGAUGCUUGGAGAAGACAUAGAAGUGAUUUGAAGCUUAAUUAUUACGAUCCAUAUGACAAUGAUGCAGUUCGAAUGGCAAAAAAGCCUGGUCAUAUUCCAGAAUGUCAAUUUAGAGAGCUCCUCAAAUAUUGGAAUUCUGAAAAAUUCAAGGAGAAAGAUAAGGAGACAGUAUCAUCUAAGGAUCUCUUUGUGGUUACAAGAACAAGAAAACUUGGUCGUUUGUACAAGGUCUCAAAUGAAGAUACUACUAGUAAAAUUGCUGAAAUGGAGGAAAUUGAAAAACAAAUAAGCAUAAAUGGUGAGUAUGUUAAUGCAUUUUCAAGCGUCAUGGAUCCUGAACAUCCGGGACGUCUAAGACUAUAUGGCGCAGGAGUUACAAAGACUACUUUGAAAAAAAAGUUUGGCAAUUUGGAAUCAACUUUAAGUGCAACAACUGAUGGAAUGUAG